AUGGAAGUUGCUGCUGGGAAAGCUGAUCUAAACUACAUUGGAUUGGAUGGAGAAAUUGGAUGCAUGGUUAAUGGUGCAGGAUUGGCAAUGGCUACUAUGGACAUAAUAAAAUUACAUGGCGGUACACCUGCCAAUUUUCUAGAUGUUGGGGGGAAUGCUUCAGAAGGCCAGGUGUGCCUGUGGUGGUUCGUUUGGAAGGAACCAAUGUAGAUCAAGGGAAGAGGAUUCUCAAGGAAAGUGGGUUGACGUUGAUCACAGCAGAAGACUUGGAUGAUGCUGCGGAGAAAGCAGUGAAAGCUUCUGCGAGUUAAAUUUUUAAUUUUAAUUUUUUUUUAUUUUUAUUUUGAAGUAAUGAAGCAUGCUGAUUAUUCAGCAGAAUUUAUUCAAUUUUUGGAGGAGGAUAUUAUAGUUUUAUUACAGAUCUGGUUCAAGAAAUAAAAGUGUUUUCUUUUGAGUUAAUCUGCCGAUUAAAUUCAA